GCCACAACAGCAACAUAAGAAGCUUGUGUCCAACAGGGAAAUGUUGCUCCUGGGAGCAGCCAGUGUUGUCCUCCUGGUUUGUGUUGCUUGCUUGCUCUCCAUCCUGCAAUGGAGAAACAGGUCUGGAAAGGGGAAGAUGCCCGAGGGACCAGCUCCCCUUCCCAUCGUAGGAAACAUACUGCAGGUGAAACCAAAGAAUUUAGCCAAAACUCUGGAGAAGCUCUCUGAAAAAUAUGGGCCAGUCUUCUCAGUGCAACUGGGUUCAACUCCAGUGGUGGUGCUGUCGGGAUAUGAGGUGGUGAAAGAAGCCUUGAUUGAUCGUGCAGAUGAGUUUGCUGCCAGAGGACACUGGCCUAUUGGAGACCGGGCUAACAAAGGAUUGGGCAUUAUUUUCAGCAACAAUGAGGGAUGGUUACAAGUUCGGCGGUUUGCUCUCACCACUCUGCGCAACUUUGGGAUGGGGAAGAGGAGCAUUGAAGAGAGGAUCCAGGAGGAAGCUGAGCACUUGCUGGAAGAGAUCACAAAAACAAAGAGUAUGCCCUUUGACCCAACAUUCAAGCUGAGCUGCGCUGUCUCCAAUGUCAUAUGCUCCAUCGUCUUUGGGAAACGAUAUGACUAUAAAGACAAGAAGUUCCUGUCCCUGAUGAACAACAUGAACAAUGUAUUUGAGAUGAUGAACUCCCGCUGGGGACAGUUAUACCAGAUGUUCUCCUACGUCCUGGAUUACUUGCCUGGCCCACACAACAAUAUAUUCAAAGAAAUUGAUGCUGUGAAAGCCUUUGUGGCAGAGGAGGUAAAGCUGCACCAAGCCUCCCUGGAUCCCAAUUCCCCACAGGAUUUCAUUGACUGCUUCCUCAGCAAAAUGCUGGAGGAAAAAAGCAAUCCCAAAUCACACUUCAACAUGAUGAACCUGAUAACCUCAGCCUUUGACUUGUUCAUUGCGGGAACAGAGUCAAGUAGCACCACUACGCGAUACGGGCUGCUGCUUCUUCUCAAGUAUCCAAAGAUACAAGAGAAAGUUCAAGAGGAGAUUGACAGGGUAGUGGGACGAUCACGAAGACCUUGCGUGGCUGACCGGACCAAGAUGCCCUACACAGAUGCAGUUGUCCAUGAAAUCCAGCGCUUCAUCACCCUCAUCCCCACUAGUGUCCCUCGUGCUGUCACUAAAGACAUCCGCUUCAGAGACUACGUCAUUCCCAAGGGCACCACAAUCUUUCCCCUCCUCAGUACUGCACUGUACGACAGCAAGGAGUUUCCAAACCCAACUGAGUUUAAUCCUGGACAUUUCUUGAAUGAGAACGGCACCUUUAGGAAGAGUGAGUUCUUCAUCCCCUUCUCAGCAGGGAAACGAAAUAUGUCCUGGGAGAGGGCCUGGCAAGCUAUGGAGAUAUCUUCUCACUAUACUCGCCACCAAUUCUGCAGAAUCUUCACCUGA